GUGGCAUGCGCUACAUUGGUCCACGAGCAGAGGCAAGAACACAUAGCCAAGUUGUAAGAGAUAUGCACAUUGCACAGACUUCCCAAAGUACAGUGAAUGGCAUAAAGGGGCCAUCCGUUUUGAUGAUACUUAACGGUUUCAACUUUGACAAGGGGAGCAGUGCAGAUUAUAUGCACUGCGUUCUGCUGGGAGUGAAAAGGCAGAUCACCGAUGUCUUGUUGAGCACUACUGUGUGCUCAGAAAGAUUUUACAUAGGCAGUCCGUCUUCUGUGAGGGAAGUGAAUAGCCGCCUGUUGAGUAUUCAACCUGCGCACUGCAUUACACGCUCGCCACGCCACAUUGAUGACAGGGCUCAUUGGAAAGCUUCGGAAUGGAAGCAUUGGCUUCUGUUUUAUGCCCUGCCAUGCCUAGAUGACCUAACCCAGGAAUACUGGCGACACCUGGCAAAGCUGUGGGAGGCUGUGCACAUUUUGCUCAGAAAAGAAAUAUCAGCCAGAGAGAACGACUAUAAAG